AAUACACAACACCUACCACCCGAAACUUUAUUACGCUCUGUGAAGGGCGGCCAUAUUGCAGUGGAAUUGUGAAAUAAGCCAGAUAAAUGAAGCGGAAAAUUUUCUGCUAGAACAUAUUCACUUCAGGAAUAACAGACAAGCAUCAUGGCUUAUACUGGUGAUUCCAACGCACCUCUUCGCGACGUGAAGAGAGUACAGUUUGGGAUUUUAGGACCAGAUGAAAUCAGGAGGAUGUCUGUUACAGAAGGAGGUAUAAAAUACUCUGAAACAAUGGAGGGUGGUAGACCAAAGCUUGGUGGAUUGAUGGAUCCCAGACAAGGAACAGUAGAUAGGACUUCCAGAUGUCAGACAUGUGCAGGGAUCAUGCAGGAAUGCCCUGGACAUUUUGGACACAUAGAAUUAGCCAAACCAGUCUUCCAUGUUGGCUUUCUGACAAAAACCAUCAAAAUGAUAAGAUGUGUGUGUUUCUACUGUUCAAAGCUGUUGGUUGAUAUCAAUCAUCCAAAGGUUAAAGAUGUUAUAGCAAAAUCUAAAGGAUUUCCAAGAAAAAGAUUUGCACAUGUUUAUGAUCUUUGUAAAACUAAGAAGAUCUGUGAAGGUGGAGAUGAGAUGGAUGGUAAACUUGGUGAAGAUCUUCAGGAUGAAGAGAAAAAGCAUCAGCAUGGUGGGUGUGGAAGAUUUCAACCAAAAAUAAGAAGACAAGGUUUAGAUUUAACUGCAGAAUGGAAGAAUAUAAAUGAAGAAACACAGGAGAAAAAGAUUGUAUUGACUGCAGAAAGAGUUCAUGAGAUUUUGAAGCGCAUCUCAGAUGAGGAAUGCAUUGUACUUGGAAUGGAUCCCAAGUUUGCCAGACCUGACUGGAUGGUUAUUACUGUACAGCCAGUUCCACCACUCUGUGUCAGACCAGCUGUUGUCAUGUUUGGCUCAGCUAGAAAUCAGGAUGAUUUAACUCAUAAGUUGUCAGACAUUAUCAAAGCAAAUAAUCAGUUACGAAGAAAUGAACAAAAUGGUGCAGCUGCACACAUCAUUUCUGAAGACACUAAAAUGUUACAGUAUCAUGUGGCAACUUUCACAGAUAAUGAACUUCCUGGUUUGCCAAAGGCCACACAGAAAUCGGGUAGACCUUUAAAGUCUGUUAAACAGAGAUUGAAGGGUAAAGAAGGAAGAGUAAGAGGAAACUUGAUGGGUAAACGUGUUGACUUUUCAGCUCGUACUGUCAUUACUCCAGAUCCAAACUUGAGAAUUGAUCAAGUAGGAGUGCCCAGAUCUAUAGCACAGAACAUGACAUUUCCUGAGUUAGUCACACCGUUUAAUAUAGACAAAAUGCAUGAUUUAGUGCAGAGAGGAUCCAAUCAGUAUCCUGGUGCUAAGUAUAUUGUACGGGAUAAUGGAGAGAGAAUAGAUUUAAGAUUUCAUCCAAAAUCCAGUGAUCUUCAUCUACAGAUAGGAUACAAGGUGGAAAGGCAUAUGCAGGAUAAUGAUUUUAUUGUGUUUAAUCGACAACCAACACUACAUAAGAUGAGUAUGAUGUGUCACAGAGUCAAAGUUUUACCAUGGUCUACAUUCAGAUUAAAUCUGAGUGUAACCACACCAUACAAUGCAGAUUUUGAUGGAGAUGAAAUGAACUUGCAUCUUCCCCAGUCUUUAGAGACGAAAGCUGAGAUUUCUAACUUGGCCCUUGUAUCCAAGAUGAUAAUAACACCACAGUCUAACAGACCAGUUAUGGGUAUUGUACAGGACACGUUGACUGCUGUCCGAAAAAUGACCAAAAGAGAUGUAUUUUUAGACAGGGGACAAAUGAUGAACCUUUUGAUGUUUUUACCAAGCUGGGAUGGUCACAUGCCACAGCCGGCUAUACUAAAACCCAGACCUUAUUGGACAGGAAAACAGCUGAUUACCUUAGUCAUUCCAGGUCGUGUAAAUUGUAUAAGAACCCACAGUACUCACAAUGAUGAUGAAGACAGAGGUCCGUACAAAUGGAUUUCACCUGGUGAUACUAAGGUAUUGAUAGAGGAUGGUGUUCUGAUUAGUGGUAUUCUAUGUAAGAAGACUUUGGGUGCCUCUUCUGGAUCUCUGCUUCACGUGCUAUUCCAGGAGCUGGGAUUUGAAACAGCUGGUUAUAUGUAUGGUAACAUUCAAACUGUUGUCAACAACUGGCUGAUGUACGAAGCUAAUAGUAUUGGUAUUGGUGACACCAUUGCUGAUCCUCAAACUUACGUUGAUAUUCAGGACACUAUUAGAAAAGCCAAGUUUGAUGUGAUAGAGGUUAUUGAAAAAGCCCACAAUGAUGACUUGGAGCCUUCACCAGGUAAUACACUGCGUCAGACUUUUGAGAAUCAGGUGAACAGAAUCUUGAAUGGAGCUAGAGACAAGACUGGUAGUAAAGCUCAACAGUCUUUGUCAGAUUUCAACAACUUCAAAUCUAUGGUAGUGGCUGGAUCUAAAGGUUCCAAGAUUAAUAUAUCUCAGGUUAUUGCCUGUGUGGGACAACAGAACGUGGAAGGAAAGCGAAUUCCUUUUGGUUUCCGGUACAGAACUUUGCCACAUUUCAUCAAAGACGAUUAUGGUCCAGAAUCUAGAGGAUUUGUAGAAAACUCCUACCUUGCCGGACUGACACCAUCAGAAUUUUACUUCCACGCCAUGGGAGGACGUGAAGGUCUCAUUGAUACUGCUGUAAAAACUGCAGAAACUGGCUACAUUCAAAGGCGAUUGAUCAAAGCUAUGGAGAGUGUGAUGGUAAAAUAUGAUGGAACUGUACGUAACCAAAUUGAACAGUUGUGUCAGUUAACAUAUGGUGAGGAUGGCCUUGAUGCCUGUCAUGUUGAGUUUCAAGAUCUGCCUACAGUUAAACCACCUGAGCGCAUCUUUGAGAAAAAGUUCAAGCUGGAUCCUAAUGAUGAAAGGCUCUUAAGGAAAUCAAUGAGUGAAGAGACUAUUAAAGAUCUGCUUGGAGAUGCUCAGGCCUUAGCCUUGUUAGAAAAUGAGUGGGAACAAUUAAGAGAGGACAGGGAAACAGUUCGUUCAAUCUUCCCCAGAGGAGAUAGUAAAGUGGUAUUACCUUGCAAUCUACACAGACUAAUAUGGAAUGCCCAAAAAAUCUUCAGGAUUAAUACACAUAAACCUACAGACCUUCAUCCAGCUAAAAUUGUAGAAGGUGUUGCUGAGCUGUGUAAAAGAUUGAUAUCAGUACCAGGAGACGAUAAACUCAGUGUUCAAGCUAAUGCUAAUGCUACAAUUCUGAUGAAAUGUCUUGUAAGAUCAACACUGUGUGCAAAGAGAGUGACAGAAGAAUUCAGACUCAGUGCUGAAGCAUUUGAGUGGCUGCUUGGUGAAAUUGAAACAAGAUUUCAACAGUCUCAUGUACAUCCAGGUGAAAUGGUUGGAGCUCUAGGUGCCCAAUCUCUGGGAGAACCUGCUACACAGAUGACAUUGAACACUUUCCAUCAUGCUGGUGUAUCAGCUAAAAACGUAACUCUUGGUGUACCUAGAUUGAAGGAGAUUAUCAAUAUAUCAAAGAAACCAAAAACUCCAUCAUUGACAGUAUAUCUUACGGGUCAAGCAGCCAGAGAUGCUGAGAAAGCUAAGGAUGUGUUAUGUAAAUUAGAACAUACAACACUUAGAAAAGUGACAGCCAACACAGCUAUAUAUUAUGAUCCAGACCCACAGAACACAGUAAUUGCUGAAGAUCAAGAAUGGGUUAAUGUUUACUAUGAAAUGCCUGACUUUGAUGUCUCAAGGAUCUCACCCUGGUUGCUAAGGAUUGAACUGAACAGAAAGCGAAUGACUGACAAAAAAUUAAGUAUGGAACAUAUUUCAGAAAAGAUCACAGCAGGAUUUGGUGAUGAUCUUAAUUGUAUAUUCAAUGAUGACAAUGCAGAGAAGUUAGUGCUUAGGAUCAGGAUUAUGAAUUCUGGAGGAGACAAAGUAGAUUCUGAAGAAGAGAUUGUUGACAAAAUGGAGGAUGAUGUAUUCCUAAGAUGUAUAGAGUCAAAUCUAUUGUCAGAUAUGUCUCUACAGGGUUUAGAGGCUAUAGGAAAGGUAUACAUGCAUUUACCAACAACUGAUGACAAGAAGAGAAUUUUCAUCACUGACACAGGAGAGUUUAAAGGAGUGGCAGAAUGGAUCUUGGAAACUGAUGGUACAGCUCUGAUGAGAGUUUUGAGUCAGCGUAAUGUAGAUCCUAUCAGAACUACAACUAACGAUAUUGUUGAGGUUUUCCAGACACUAGGCAUUGAAGCUGUGCGAAAGUCAAUUGAGAAAGAAAUGACUCAUGUCAUUUCUUUUGAUGGUUCUUACGUAAAUUACAGACAUUUGGCCUUGUUGUGUGACGUGAUGACAGCUAAAGGUCAUUUGAUGGCUAUUACUCGUCACGGCAUUAACAGACAGGAAACUGGUGCCCUAGCCAGAUGUUCUUUUGAAGAAACAGUUGAUAUUUUGAUUGAAGCUGCAGCCCAUGCAGAAGUUGAUCCUAUGAUGGGUGUAUCUGAAGCCAUUAUGGUUGGACAGUUAGCUAAGAUUGGCACAGGUGCAUUUGAUCUGUUGUUAGAUGCAGAGAAAUGUAAACUUGGAAUGGAGAUCCCUACAAAUAUUGGUGUGGGAAUAAUUGGUGGAAGUACUGGUUUGUUUUUUGGAGCACCUGGAAGUCCUGGAGCCAGCAUGUCACCACAGAUGACACCAUGGCAGACUGGAGCUACUCCCGGCUAUGGUGCAUGGUCACCAGGUGUUGGAAGUGGAAUGACUCCAGGAGCUGCUGGAUUCUCACCAUCUGCUGCUAGUGAGAGUGGUUACAGUCCAGGAUACAGUCCAGCCUGGUCUCCACAACCUGGUUCUCCUGGUUCCCCAGCCAGUCCAUAUAUACCAAGUCCAGCUGGAGCACUAUCUCCUAGUUAUUCUCCAGCCUCUCCUUCCUACGUACCAUCAUCACCUGCAGUGACACCACAGAGUCCAGGAUACUCACCAACAAGUCCAUCAUAUUCUCCAACAAGUCCUGGAUAUUCACCAACUUCUCCAAAUUACAGUCCAACAAGCCCGUCAUAUUCACCUACAAGUCCUUCAUACAGUCCAACUUCUCCAUCUUAUUCACCAACAUCACCAUCUUAUUCUCCAACGUCACCAUCAUACAGUCCAACAAGUCCAUCAUACUCGCCAACUUCACCAUCAUACUCUCCAACAAGUCCAAGCUACAGUCCAACAUCGCCAUCCUACAGUCCAACAAGUCCAUCAUACUCACCAACUUCUCCAUCAUACAGUCCAACCAGUCCUUCAUAUUCACCGACAUCACCUUCUUACUCGCCAACAAGUCCAAGUUACAGUCCAACGUCACCAAGUUACAGUCCAACAUCACCAAGUUACUCACCGACAAGUCCGAGCUACUCGCCAACUUCGCCAUCAUAUUCUCCAACAAGUCCAAGCUACAGCCCGACAAGCCCAUCUUACAGUCCGACAAGUCCAAGCUACAGUCCAAGUAGUCCAAAUUACAGUCCAAGCAGUCCGAGUUAUUCACCAAGCAGUCCAAAGUACAGUCCUACAAGUCCAAGUUAUUCUCCAACGAGUCCGUCAUAUUCUCCAAGUUCACCACAGUACUCUCCAUCAUCACCGAAAUAUUCACCAGCAAGUCCAUCAUAUUCUCCAAGCAGUCCAAAGUACACACCUACAUCACCGACUUAUUCACCAAGUUCACCGAACUACAGUCCUACAUCACCAGAAUAUAGUCCAAGUUCACCACAGUACAGUCCAAGCUCGCCAAAGUACAGUCCUGCUUCACCAUCUUAUUCACCGUCAAGUCCAAAAUACAGUCCACAGAGUCCAACUUAUUCGCCAUCUAGCCCGAAAUAUUCACCUGGAAGUCCAACGUACUCUCCAACUAGUCCUCAGUAUUCACCAACAAGUCCAACAUACACUCCUGGAACACCAAAGUAUUCACCAACGAGUCCAGCAUACUCUGCUGCUGACGAUGAUGAUAGUGAUAUGGAGUAAGUGAUUUUCAUUUUGAAAUUUUCACAUGUGAACUGUUAAUGUACAAUUAUUAGCAAUAGGAAACCAAAUGUACAGAAAUGUGGGUUUCAUAUGACCUAAGUUCAAGUGUUGACUGUCAAAAUGUAUAUAGUUUUUUCUAGAGAGAUAUUUUUCUCAUUUUGCUUUUCAACAUAGUGGAAUUGCAGAAAUUGUAUAAAUUUUUGUAUGCAUAUAGGUAUCUUAUAUAAAGUUGAGUUAUCUGAUAAUGUUUUCAUAUUGACUGAUAUUGGAAAAAGCAAUGACUUGUAUUUCAAAUAAUCCAUCAUGAUAUGACUAAAGUACUUUCUAUUAUAUCAAUUUUUACAGCUUUUUAACUGCAACAAUUUCAGUAUCCACCAAAAUAUUGAAUUGGGAUUUAAUAAUUCACCAAAAUAUAAACUGCCAAAAUUUUUUUCAUCGACUUUGUUGCCCCUAAAUCAAGAUAUUUUACACCUGCUAUACAUGAUUUUGGCAAAUUGGAAAAAAAAAAGAACCUGAAAAAUCUUAAGGUGUUCAUAUAUAUAUAUUUAAUUUGCAUGUAAUUUAUGCUGUUUUAAGCAGAAAAUUCAUUCUUUGAUGUUUAAAAUGAGUGUUUGUCUUAUUUUAGUGUUUAAUGCCUCAACUUUCAGAUUAUUGUGCCUAUGUGUAUACAUAAGAUAGUUAUGGUUAUUGGUAUUAGACACAUAUGUUUAUAUUUUAAACUGGUAUUUCAAUAGCCAAUAGUGGUGAAAGUGGUGUUAAACACCAAAUAAUCAGUCAAUCAUUAAUGUAUCAUGUACGUGAAUGCUCCAACAUCAUUUCCAAGCAUGUCUGAGUUAGUGCUUUGUAUUGUGAAAGGACCUGUUUUUGUUCAUGUUCACUAUAUAUUUCAUACAAAAAUUGUAAAUAAUUAUCAUUCAUUGUAAAUAAAUCCAUCCUCCUAUACCAUAUAUUGAUGUAAAAAAAAAUACAAAAAAAUAAUACACAUCUAUAAAGUAUAAUAAUAUAAAGCAAAGUAAAGACAUUUUUCCUCAUUUGCGCUUUUGUAAUUUUUGAGCAGUGUUGUCUAUAAAUGGAGACUUGGUAAUAUUUUUCAUAGUGAUUUAGGAGUUAUUACAAUUUUAAGUUUUUGGAUUUGAUUGAUUAUCAAAAAGAAUUUCUGACAGACUUAAGUCUCUGUUUUUCAAUAGAUUUUCUUUAGCUUCAUCUCAGCCUCUGUCCAUUCCUCAGACUGGAACACCAUUUUUAAGGAUUAAUUGUUACCAAUGACAAGAAUAAGAAUAAGAUCUUUUGAUUAUAUUUUUUUUAUUAGCAACAAUGUUAUCAUAUUGAUAAAAGAAUGUUCAUGUUAUUGAAAAUUCACAGUUUUAUGUUGCAAUGUACAUUUAGCAAUGUUUGUGACAUGUGGUUUAUAUGUAUUAAAUAUUAUUUUUUUUAUUGUCAGAAUUUUUUUGUGUAUAGCAUAAAUAUUUGGUGAAGAAAGCCUUCAGUUUAGUAUGUCUAAUACAGAAUUUGAUUUCAAGGUUAAUUCAUCCUGUAAUUGAAACAUUUCAAAAUCAAACAAAAAACAGAAUUUUUAGAAUAGAUAAUUAAAAUAACUUUUUUCUGUUACAGAAUUCAGUUUCAUUUUGUAGUAAUGACAUUUGAAAAGAAAAAAACCUAUUAAGGUAGAUGGGGUGUCUAAAUUAUAAUCCAUAGAAUUUUUUAAUAAUUUGCCAAAAUGUAGUUUAUAUCAAGCUUUUUAAAAAAAAAUGUUAAAAAGAAUGGGUCACAGGGCUUAUUUUCACGCUACAGGUUGUUCAAAAUUAACAGAUUUUGUAUAGAUUAUGCAUGGAAAACCCAAUUUUCUGCCAUAAAACGAAAACUACACCAUAGAAUUUUGAGAUAAAAUAUGAGAAGAUAGCUUUAAUAGUAUGCUUUCAGAUAAGAAAAAGAAAAAAUGGGGUCACCGGACCCGUUUUCUUGCUACAUAAUAAAAUAGGUAAAUUCCUAACACAUUCUAUUGUAAAAGUACCUUUAUCUGAAUUAUCUGCCCUUACAUUUGAGUUGCCUCCCCUAAUGUGGCAAAGUUGGAAAAAAUUGAAUCAAACAAAAGUUUUCUGUUUUUUGUAAAAUACAACCAUAAAUAUGAUAAAACAUGCCAUUUUCUAUGUUGAAAUGAAAAUUCUUACACAUGAAUUAUCUACUACUCUCAAAAUUUGCACAUUCUAUUAAAGAUCUAGACCGAUUGUUUUCAGGUAUUACAAAAUCCAAGAUGGAGGAAGACACCCUAUCUACCUUAAUUUGAUAAUAAUAUUGGUUCCUUAAUAUAAACAUAAAAAAAAGGUGUUUCUAUUCAAACAUUAUUGUGUUAGAAUGACUAUAAUAUGGAAAAUUGGUGCCGAUUUCUUUUUUGUGGACAUCUCCAAUAGUGUUUAUUUGCUCUAUUUCUUGUAAAUACAGUGUAUGCAUCACUUGUUUAAUUAAAUAUGUUUAUAAAUGUUCAGCUUAUUGUGAUCAGAUUUAAUUAGAUGUAAAGUUUUAAUGUGAAAUAUUUUUUGUAUGAGAGGUUGUAAUUUAAAAAAAAAAAAUGCUAAUAACAUAAGGCAGAAAUGGUUACUCCACCUUCAGACUGUCAGUUAAAAAUAUAUAUAAAAGGAUAAGAAUGAAGCUUUUGAUUUAUUGAAAAUAAGUUGUCAUUUUGGAAUUUUAGAAAGAAAUAUUGAGAUGGCACUAUCAUUCAUAGAUUUCAAAGAUAAUUGAAACAAAUGCUGUUUUACAGAGAGAGAUAUGUAGAUAUGCCACUUUCUAAAAUGGUAUGUUGGAAGAGGAUCAUAAAACCAAUUUUCUAAACAAUUGAAAGUCAGUGCUUUUGUGGUACUUUCAUUAUGGCUUUGUAAAUGAUGGUAUUGCUGUAUGUUUGAAAUGAUUGAGACAUUGUUAAUAUUGAUAUGUAUGUAUAAAGAGCAGAUGAAUGAUGAAUAAAGGAUAGAUAAAAGGAAA